AUGUUGUCGGCUCCCGUUAAGUCGGCGAAGCGCAUCUCGUCCCUGUUCUCGUUGGGAUCAAAAGAUCGAGAUUCACAACCUUCCCCCGUUUCGCCCGGAGUCCAAGAACCUGAAAAACGACGGAGAAGCAGCUCAAGGCCCACUCGUCAUGUGUCAACUCCCAAUUCUGCGUUUUCUUCAGAACCCCGGACUAUGCCCACACCUCUCGACAUGGAGAUUCUCCCCCGCCACCUUCACUGCUGGCGCACACCGUCCAAGCGCAGAAGUUGGAUGCCGGGUCGUUCGCGCGCAAGCUCAAUAGACAAACGUCCAACUCCCAUGCUACCGGCUGCCUGGAUCGCUGGACUAGACCAGAAAGUCGUAUACGACCUGGGGCCGCUGUCCCGGGGAGAACAGGUACGCAACAUCGAAUGGAUGACGUUUUUCGACCAAUGUGAAGCUGACGAAAUUUUUAACUUUUUUCAGAUCCAAGAACUGUGGAACGAACAAGGCGACACAUACGUGUACCUUUUCCCUCAGAAUACCGGCCGCGCUGCAUCCUUCAAGGUCGACUCUACCAUUUUCGCGGAAUCUCCCUCCCUCACCUAUCUCGCCCGCGGCAACGAUGGCAAAACCAACGGCCUCGAGCAGCCCACCCGCACGUUAUCUCUCGUCAGCCCCAUGUCACCACCGUUGACACCGCAGGACCGGCUCGAAACCGACAACGAUAAUGACAGCUCGGGAAGCCAGAGGAUGGCUUUCGAUGAUAACCCCGAGGAGGUUCAGGAACUCCAUCUAUACCUGCCUAUUCCGCUCAACUGCGAUGUGUCCAACCCUCAGGCACGUCUAACGCAAGAAGACACAGAGACUCUACUCUUGUUCCGCAAUUUGUUUGCUUUCCUUUUGGGUCAAUCCUUGAUUGCGUCGCCCAAGUCAGCGACACUUUUCUCUAUUUUCAUGGACGUGGCGGUGCUCUUAGCCCGCUUCGAGUUCUCAAACUUGGAUCAGUCCAAUUUCGGUGAGACUGCAACCUCCAGUUUCAGUAAUUACUGCGAAGAAUUGCGCUUGGCAGAUGUUCGUCGAAGCAGAGAGAAGACCAUUGAGGCCAUCGUUCUCGGUGAGCGCCUGCGCUACUACCCGCUUUACGUUGAGGGCUUCGUUCACGGUGUUGGAAAGUUGGAUGAGCUCAAGCAGCUUCGAAGCCCUAAAUAUACCUUCAUUCAUCCGAUCACGCAGAAACGGAUGGAACGUGCCUUUAUCGAUCUUGACACCCGUCUCCGCGGCCUUUACGGUAAGCUUGAAGACUUCGACUUUCCCUCGGUGUUCUCUGGCUUCGCCAACUCGACUACCUCAUCCGAAAGUAAGGUGGUGCGCUUCAAGAACUGGAAGUCGGCCUUCCACGAAUUCCGCCGCUUCACCCUCCAAUACUAUCGACAGAAGUACGGCUCGUGGCCCCCCAAGGCCCGAUCGAAGAAGAACGAGUUCGAAGAAAAUGGUCUCAAUCGCCUUCUUUUGCUCGAUCUUUACCACGAUUUCACCGAUCUUUACGACUUGAUGGUGGACCGCACUUCUUUGACUACGCGUACGAUUGAUAUUUCCGGUGCAGGCAGUUCCACUCCCUCGGAGGAUCCCAAAGAAAUUACUGUUCGUGCUUUGCGCCAUAUUCUUAGCGAGUACGAUCGCAGCACUCCACCAGUGAUGCCGCCCAUUCCGUUCGACAUCCCCCAGUUGCCUUCACUGCAGCCUUUGCAUAGGAAACCGUUGGACGCCAAGAAGGAGGCUAAGCAGAGUGGCAAGAAGCUCAAGAGCUCCGACAUCAACGCUGUGCUGAUGGACUCUUACACUCGCGAGGCCAUGCGACCCACUCCCUUCAUUGAGAGCUUCAUGCAGUUCGAGCGCCGCUCAGCCCAUGGCAAGAGCGUCAACGAUAUCACCGAUCUGCGCUGCGGCCAGUGGAUCUUCCUCUACGCCGUCAUCCAAUCCCUCCCUAUGCUGGUCGUUGAUGUCCCCGAAGUCCACUACAACGAGGGUGUAGAGUACUUCCUUUGCAUCGCUCCCCGCGGCGGUGCUCCCUGGAUCCAAAACGAUACCAAGACUGCCCGCAGCUGGUUCGGAGUUGCUGGCGGCGCAGGUGUCGUCAGUCUGCCAUCUGACGUGGUCAUUAACGGCGUCGAAGGUGUAUACCGCCGAAGUCAUUGCUGGACCGUAGCCGAGCAAUGGGCCGAGGCGGGCGCCCUCCUCGAUCCCCCCAUGGUAGAAGAUGCCACCUACGACGACGAAGAGUCGUCCAUCUCAUCCCCCUACCAGGGCCACCAAUCUUCCGCCGGCUCCUCCUCCGAACCUUAUCUGCACCACAUGAGCAUACCCGGCGGCGCCCUCUCCCCGCCUCCCCCGCCAUCCCUCGUACGCGCUCCCCCGGCGCCGCCCAGCGCUCCGAGCAGCACCGCCACUCCUUCUAUCCGGGUCUGGAGGCACUGCCACUCCCGGCAGGGAUCGCGCCCAUCGAGCCUCCCACUCGUCCGAUCAGCCACUUCAACCCGAACAUGA